AUGGCUUUCACCACGCCCUCGUCGCAAACAUGGACUCUACGCUUCAAGUCUCACAAAACCACCGUCCUUCUACACGUCGACCCGCUACAAACAUUUCGUACGAUCAAGGAACAGCUCUACAAAGCGCUCGAGGAGACUGGUCUCAAGGAUAGCGACUCGGAACCGGUCCCGUUGCCACCCUCACCUUCCGAUAUCGAGCUUGGCCGCCCUAGUAAUACGAACGACCCGCACAAAGGCUUUCAAUUGGGCGAAUGGGAGUACUCACUGCUGGAGGAGGACGACGCAGAGGAUCCGAAGGGCAAAGGCAAGGCGAAAGCGGGUCGACCGCAGAAGUCGGGCGCCAUUGGUGCAGACAGCGUCAAGGAUUGUCCAAAGGGUGCAGGGCUUCGUGAUGGCGCUGUCCUAGCUUUCCGAUGGAAGGGUAACGGAUCACAAGAGGACGACGACAUUGAGAGGGUCGACGGAAGAAAGGUAGACAUGUGGGGUGUGCAGCUGGCAAGUUACGAGGACAAUUACGGCGUAGAGAACGAGAUGGACGUCGGAGGAGGAAGGGAAUUUGAGGGAUGA